AUGGAUAGUCCAGAGAUUACACCACAGUCCUGGAGGGUGACAGUAUUAAGGAUAGUCAGAGUUUACACCAGUCUGGAGGGUUACAGUAAUAAUGGUAGUCAGAGAUACACAGGUCCUGGAGGGUUACGGAUAUUAAUGGAAGUCAGAGAUACACCAAGUCCUGGAGGGUACAGUAUAUAAUGGAUAGUCCGAGAUACACCCCAGCCGGGGGGGUACAGUAAUAAUGGAGUAGUAGAGAUACACCAGUCUGGAGGGUUACAGUAUAGAUGGAUAGUCCAGAGAUACACCAGGCCUGGAGGUUUACAGUAUAAAUGGAUAGUCAGAGCUACACCAGUCCUGGAGGGUUUACCGUUAUAUAAUGGAAUAGUCAGAGAUACACCAGUACUGGAGGGUGACAGUAUAUAAUGGAUAGUAGAGAUACACCAAGUCCUGGAGGGAUUACAGUAUAUAUGGAUUAGUCAGAGAUAAACCAGUCCUGGUGGGGUUACAGUUAUAAUGGAUAUAGGUCAGAGAUACACCAGUCCUGGAGGGUUACAGUAUAUCUGGAUAGUCAGACGUACACCAGCCAGGAAGGUUCAUAUCAUAAUGAGAGUCAGAGAAGAAACACCAGUUCCUGGAGGGUUCAGUAUAUAAGGGAUAGCCAGAGAUUACACAGUCCUGGAGGGUUACAGUAUAUAAUGGAUAGUUCGAAACACCAGUCUGGAGGGUUACAGUAUAAAUGGUAGUAGAGAGCCCACCAGUUCGGAGGGCGGGUUACAGUUCUAAUGGAUAUCAGAGAUCCCCAGUCCGGAGGGGGUUACAGUAUAUAAUGGAUAUCAGAGAUUUACACCGUCAUGGAGGGUUCAGUAAUUAAAUAGAUUAGGCAGAGAUACCACCAGUCCUGGAGGGUUACAUACAGAAUGGAUAGUCAGGAUACACCAGUCCUGGAGGGUUAAAUUAAUAAUGUGAUAGUCAGAGAUACACCAGUCCUGGAGGGUUACAGUAUAUAAUGGAUUAGUCAGAGAUACCACCAGUCUGGAGGGUUACAGUUAUAUAAUGGAUAGUCAGAGUUAAACCAGUCCUGGAGGGUUACAGUUAUAUAAGGAUAGGGUCAGCGAUUACCCCAGUCCUGGAGGGUUACGUAUAUAAUGGAUGUCAGCGAUAAACCGUCCUGGAGGGUUCACAGUAUAUAAGGUAGGCAGAGAUACACCAGUCCAGGAGGGUUAUAUAGUUUAUAUAAUGGGAUAGUCAGAGAUAACCCGUCCUGGAGGGUACCAGUAUAUACUGGAUAGUCAGAGAUACACACGUCUGGAGGGUUACAGAUAUAAGGAUAGUCAGAGCUUACACCAGUUCCAGGCGGGUUUACAGUAUCAUAGCGAUGUCAGAGAUACAACAGUCCUGGAGGGUUGGAGGGUUACAGUAUAUAAAUGGAUAGUCAGAGAUUACACCAGUCAUGGAGGGUAACAGUAUAAUAAUGGAUGUCAGAGGAUACACCGUCUGGAGGGUUACAGUAUUAUAAUGGAUGUCAGAGAUACACCAGUCCUGGAGGGUUUUACAGAUAAAUGGAUAGUCAGAGAUACACCAGUCCAGGAGGCGUCUACAAUAUAUAAUGGAUAG